GCAGUACCACCUGGUCCUGUCCACUUCCGCUGGCUGGAAGGAAUUGUGUCGCAGAUUCGACAGAAAUUUCUACGUACGUAAUGUGAAAUUAGGCUCUAACUCUAAAUUCAGAGAUUAUAUUUUGUCAUGUGAUGGCUCAAAUCCAUCGAUAAAUUAAUGUUAUUUUGCUGUUUAAGAGCUGGAGAAAUGGAUGGACAAAAAGCAGCUGGCUCUGUGUUUAUGUGUCGGCUGUGCAACCUAUUCUCUCCCAGUCGCUCUCUGCUGCUGGGCCAUUGCUCCCAGCUGCACCCCCAGCAGGAGCCUCCUGAUGACAUCAUCAUUGCACUGCAGCCCCUUGCAACAGAGCCCGUGGAGACACUGGCAGAGAGCCCAGUGAAGCGAAAGCGAGGACGACCAAAAGGCUCUACGAAGAAGCUGCGCACGGAUUUGACAGAAUGCAAGGCUGACUCCAUCCGUUCUCCAGAGGAUAAUUUUCAAAGUCAAAGAGAAGGGAAUAAGAAGGAGGGAGACCUACAAUGUAGUUCAGUAGAAGGUGAAAACCACGAUGGGAUUUUGGGACUUGAAUGUAGAGACUGCCAUCGCUCGUUCAGGAGCAGACGACAGAUCCUCAAACACAUCUGUCUGAGAGAAGAGGAAGAGGAGGAGGAUGAAGAGGAGAAUGGGAGCAUCUGUGUUGGAGCAGAAGUUGAGGGUUCUGGGAGUUUUGAACCUGGGAGGGCUGAUCCAAACCAGACGCAUCAAAACCCAGUGAGGCCAGGAGAGAAAGGUAGAGAAAAAGACGUGGCCAGCUUUAGACCCCCGAGAACCAACCGAAGCCGCAUCUCCAAAGAAGGAGGCCCAGCAACAGGAAACAAAAAAUCAGUCAUCAGCGUUAUUCUGACCGAAGAUGAAACACUUCCAGGUGUUUCUAAAAUGGUUCCAGUAGAGGACCGUUUAGCAGAAUCAGAGUCUACAGCCAUUAAGACUCAGCCUCAGCAGUCUGCAGUCUUCCAGAGUCUGUCACAAGACCUUGCCAGUGAAGCCACCAUCUGUGAAAGUAACCCUAAAACAGACCAGGAGACAAGUUCUAACCCAACCUCCACAGCAGCAACAACAACAACAACAACAACAACAGCAACAACAACAACAACAACAACAGCAGCAGCAGCCAGCAGAGGCUUCCAGGAAUAUUCUAUCAAGCAAGAUGCUACCAAUUUACUUCAGAGCCAGCUGAAGAUCUUCGCCUGCGAGUUCUGUAAUAAGAUCUUUAAGUUCAGACACUCACUGAUCGCCCACCUCAGGACACACACCCAGGAGAAACCGUUCCAGUGUCCACACUGUGACUACGCAUCAGCCAUCAAAGCCAACCUGAAUGUUCACCUGAGGAAGCACACAGGAGAGAAGUUCAGUUGUCAGCACUGUCCUUUCAACUGCCUCAGCCCAGGACACCUCAAGGUCCACAUAGAGCGAGUCCAUUUGAAGGUGAAGCAGCACUGCAGCUUCUGUGACAAAAAGUACUCAGACGUGAAGAACUUGCUGAAACACAUAGAGAAACGGCAUAACAUGAAAGACCCUGAAGUCUACCAGAGCUACCAGCAACUGAGGUUAAAGACUCGUCAAGGGCUCAGACAGCUCCUGUACCACUGUCCCACCUGUAACCGACGCUUCAAGAACCAGCUCGAGCGUGAGCGCCACCUGUUGGUCCACGGGCCUCAGCGUCCCUUCGCCUGCCUGCUCUGUGACCACGCUGCAACGAAGAUGGGUUCCCUCGCCGCUCAUGUCAGGAAACACCUCUUCCUGUAUGUAUGCCGUGUGUGUGACGGGAAGUUUGUCAGCUCUCAGAGACUGAAGAUUCACCUGAAAGAGUCUCACCCUGAACUGGACCAAGAGCGGGCCUUCACCGACUCUAUCAAUAACAGCUACUAUCUCAUACAGCCUGGAGGAGACAUGUGGGGGGACGAGGGGAGGGUGGACACAGAGAGAGGGACGCAGGAAGAGCACAGGAUAGAGCAGGAGGGUGAAGAUGAGAGAAUGAGACAGGAGAGUAGAAAAAAUGGUGUCGGAGGGGAGGAGUGGCCAGAUGGGGAGGUGGAGCAGCUGGAAGUAGCAGCAAGGGAAGAAGCUAAAGCUCAGGGUGAAAGUGCCGAAGAAGUGCUUGUGACAGAAGGAGAAACAGGAAAAAAGGAAGAAGCAGAAAAUGGAGGUGCACAGCAAGGUUCCCAAGAAGCCAUCUCUAUAGAAACCACAAGUCCCACUGACAGAAAGGACGAAGCAGCAGCUGGGGAGCUGUCACAGGCCAACACAGCGGACUCCUGCACCCCUGCAUCUGAAAAUAUAGGCAGAUGUGAACAAAACACACGGACUCUUUUAUUACCGGAGAGCACUCACAGCCCUCUCCCGGAGGACAGGAGAACACAGGAAACUUUUUCAUCAGUAAAUGCAAAUUUACCUGAUUUGGGCGUAUACACACCUUUGUCAUCAGCUCUUCCAGGGGAAGAGGGUCAAACUCCACAUUCAGAUAAGGAGCCAGAGGUUUUCCAUCAGAGUGCGUUCCAGCAGGUGUUUUCAUCUCUUCAGAAGACUCGGCUUAAUAUGGAGACUUUCCAGCAGCUCAGGAAAAUUUACGGAGACCUGGAAUGCCAAUACUGUGGUAAACUGUUUUGGUACAAAGUCCACUAUAACGUCCAUGUACGCACACACACUAAGGAGCAUUCACAUUACUGUACAAAGUGUAGCUACUCUUCCAUCACCAAAAGCUCUUUAAAACGGCACCAGAUCCAGAAGCACAGCGGCUUGCUGCUGCCUUGUUCUAACCCCGGCUGUAAAUACACCACUCCUGACAAAUACAAACUACAAGCCCACCUGAGGACGCACCAGGAACAGGGGAAGAGUGUGGCCUGUCCUGUCUGCCAGCACAGCUAUCCAGAGCACAGACUAAAACACCACAUUAAGACAUCCCACCCUGAUACGUUGCCCGUGCAGGGAAAGGGACUGAUGGUGCAGCGAGCAGAGAAGUGCCCUUACUGUGACUCCUACUUCCUAAAGAACAGCAGUGACUUUCAGCAGCACAUCUGGGCCCACCAAGGUCUGAAGCCAUACGUGUGUAGUGUGUGCGACUACGCAGGCCGCAGUAGGAGUAACCUGAAGACUCAUAUGAACCGACACAACACGGAGAGGCGUCAUCUCUGUGAUCUGUGCGGUAAAAAGUUCAAAUCUAAAGUCACGCUGAAAAGCCACAGACUGAGCCACACCGAUGAAGGGAAGCGGUUUCAGUGUUCGGAGUGUGACUUCACCUCGGUGUCUAAACCUUCCUUGCUCAGACAUAUGGAGCAACACGCUGAAUUUAAGCCAUUUCGUUGUGCCCACUGCCACUACUCCUGUAACAUCGCUGGUCCCCUGAAGCGACACUACAAUUUGAAACACCCAGAUCAGAAAUAUGAGAAUGCCGGACCUGGCCUGCCAAACCCUGAUGCUCUGAAACAGCAAGGUGGAAUGAAGUGUCCUGAAUGUGAAUUUGUUUAUGGGACCAAGUGGGAGCUGAAUCGCCAUCUUAAGAGCAAACACAGCCUGAAAGUGGUGGAAGGCACCUGGGAGGUGGGUGAGACAAUAGAGGCCCAGUAUGUGUCUGUGGAGGAUGAAGAGCAGCUGACAGAAGCACCUGUAGCAGCCCUGCACGACAACGUUAAUAUCCAGCAAAUCACGGAGUUCAGUUCAGAGACUCACGACGCCGUCACCUCCAUGGUCGCCAUGGCUCCGGGCACAGUUGCCGUCGUACAACAGUUGCAGGUGGCUGACGAGCAGGAAGUCGGUAACUGCAGCAACCAGCUAAUGGUGGUGAACGCAGAGGGGGGUCUAACUGGUGACCAGGUGAUGGUGGUGGAGGAUGCACUAGGCCUGGAGGCUCUGACAGUCCUUGCUCAGGGAGAAAACACUCACCACUAUAUUGUCUAUGUUCAGGAACACACUGUAGAAAUCAACUAGUGAUGCUGGCAUUUUAACAUAAGACUGUUGACCCAUCAGUGCUUAGAAGUUCAGUGAGUAUCAGUAGUAUCAGUUUACAUUAGUAAAGUAAAAUAAAAUGUACCGAUAAGCAAUAAAAUCAGGAUUUAGCAAAUGUUUCCUUGUCAUCAUUAUGAAUUUUCUUAAUCAGACUUAUUUUUCAGUCACUUGGUAAUUAUCAAAAAAUAUGUGCAAUACUUUAUUGUGCGAUAUGUGGCAUA